AUGAUCGGGAGCAGAAUCUCUGAGUCACAGGUGUCCUGGGAGAGCAGUGGAGCCCGUGUGGGGACAGCCCUGGGCAGCCGAGCACUGUCCGUUGCCUUGUGCUUGGAGGAGGAAGGUGACGGUGACAUUGUAAAUAAUAUGUAUGAGCCUGACCCGGACCUGCUGGCUGGCCAGAGUGCCGAGGACGAGACUGAAGACAGCAUCAUGUCCCCCAUCCCCGUGGGGCCGCCAUCCCCCUUCCCCACCAGCGAGGACUUCACCCCCAAGGAGGGCUCGCCCUACGAGGCCCCCGUCUACAUUCCUGAAGACAUUCCGAUCCCACCAGACUUCGAGCUCCGAGAGUCCUCCAUCCCAGGGGCCGGCCUGGGAAUCUGGGCCAAGAAGAAGAUGGACGUUGGGGAGAGGUUCGGCCCUUACAUGGUGGCGCCCCGGGCGGCGUUGAAGGAGGCAGACUUCGGAUGGGAGCAAAUCCUGACUGAUACGGAAGCGUCGUCCCAGGAGGGCUGCGUCAAAAAGCAGAUCUCUGAAGACUUGGGCAGCGAGAAGUUCUGCAUGGAUGCUAACCAGGCGGGGGCUGGCAGCUGGCUCAAGUACAUCCGUGUGGCUUGCUCCUGCGAUGACCAGAACCUCACCAUGUGUCAGAUCAAUGACCAGAUUUAUUAUAAAGUCAUUAAGGACAUUGAGCCGGGCGAGGAGCUGUUGGUGCACGUGAAGGAAGGAGCCUACAACCUGAGCACGGUGCCGCCCGGUCUGGAUGAGGAGCCCACGUUCCGCUGUGCCGAGUGUGACGAGCUCUUCCAUUCCAAGCUGGACCUGCGGCGCCACAAGAAGUAUGCGUGCAGCUCGGCAGGGGCCACGCUCUACGAGGGUCUGGGCGAGGAGCUGAAGGCCGAGGGCCUGGGCAGCGGGGGCAGCAGCGACGGGCAGCCCCACGAGUGCAAGGACUGUGAGCGGAUGUUUCCCACCAAGUACAGCUUAGAGCAGCACAUGAUCGUCCACACGGAGGAGCGAGAGUACAAGUGCGACCAGUGUCCCAAGGCCUUCAACUGGAAGUCCAACCUCAUCCGCCACCAGAUGUCCCACGACAGUGGCAAGCGCUUCGAAUGUGAAAACUGCGUGAAGGUGUUCACGGACCCCAGCAACCUGCAGCGGCACAUCCGCUCGCAGCACGUCGGCGCCCGGGCCCACGCCUGCCCAGACUGUGGGAAGACCUUCGCCACGUCCUCCGGCCUGAAGCAACACAAGCACAUCCACAGCACCGUCAAACCCUUCAUAUGUGAGGUCUGCCACAAGUCCUACACCCAGUUCUCCAACCUGUGCCGGCACAAGCGCAUGCACGCCGACUGCCGCACGCAGAUCAAGUGCAAGGACUGCGGGCAGAUGUUCAGCACUACCUCCUCCCUCAACAAGCACCGGCGCUUCUGCGAGGGCAAGAACCAUUACACGCCUGGCGGCCUCUUCACCCCAGGCCUGCCCCUGGCCCCCAGCCCCCUGGUGGACAAGACUAAGCCCCCUACCACUCUCAACCACGCCGGCCUGGGCUUCCACGAGUACUUCCCCUCCCGGCCGCACCCGGGCAGCCUGCCCUUCUCCACGGCGCCCCCGGCCUUCCCCGCGCUUACACCCGGCUUCCCGGGCAUCUUCCCUCCGUCCUUGUACCCCCGGCCGCCUCUGCUACCUCCCACACCCUUGCUCAAGAGCCCCCUGAACCACACCCCGGACGCCAAGCUCCCCAGCCCCCUGGGGAACCCGGCCCUGCCCCUCGUCUCCGCGGUCAGCAACAGUGCCCAGGGCGCCACCGCGGGCACCGGGCCCGAGGAGAAGUUCGGGAGCCGCCUGGAGGACUCGUACGCGGAGAAGCUCAAGACGCGGAUCAGCGACGUGUCGGACGUCAGCGACUUCGAGGACAUCAACACCACGACGGGGACUGACCUGGACACGAGCACGGGGACCGGCUCAGACCUGGACAGCGACGCGGACAGCGACCGUGACAAGGUCAAGGACAAGAGCAGGCCGGCUGAGGGCAAGCCCGAGCUUGGGGGCGGCUCGGCACCCCCUGGGGCCCCCAACAGCCUGGCCGAGGUGCCCGUCUUCUACGCCCAGCACGCCUUCCUCCCGCCGCCCGACGAGCAGCUGCUGGCCGCGUCGGGCGCCGCAGGCGACUCCAUCAAGGCCAUUGCGUCCAUCGCCGAGAAGUACUUCGGCCCGGGCUUCAUGGGGAUGCAGGAGAAGAAGCUGGGCUCGCUGCCCUACCACUCGGUGUUCCCCUUCCAGCUCCUGCCCAACUUCCCACACUCCCUCUACCCCUUCACGGACCGAGCCCUCACCCACAACUUGCUGGUCAAGGCCGAGCCAAAGUCGCCCCGGGACACCCUCAAGGUGGGCGGCCCCAGUGCCGAGUGCCCCUUCGACCUCACCACCAAACCAAAAGAGGCGAAGCCCAUCCUGCCCACGCCCAAGGUCCCCUUGGUGCCCGCAUCCGGCGAGGAGCAGCCUCUGGACCUGAGCAUCGGCAGCCGGGCCCGGGCCAGCCAGAACGGAGGCGGCCGGGAGCCCCGCAAGAACCACAUCUACGGCGAGCGGAAGCUGGGGCCCGGCGAGGCGCUGCCCAAGGUGUGCCCGGCGCAGCUGCCCCAGCAGCCCUCGCUGCACUACGCCAAGCCAUCCCCCUUCUUCAUGGACCCCAUCUACAGGGUAGAAAAGCGGAAGGUGUCGGACCCCGUGGGAGUCCUGAAGGAAAAGUACCUGCGGCCGUCACCGCUGCUGUUCCACCCCCAGAUGUCAGCCAUUGAAACCAUGACGGAGAAGCUGGAGAGCUUUGCGGCCAUGAAAGCGGACUCGGGCAGCUCUCUUCAGCCCCUCCCCCACCACCCCUUCAACUUCCGAUCCCCGCCCCCGACGCUCUCGGACCCCAUCCUCAGGAAGGGCAAGGAGCGGUACACAUGCAGGUACUGUGGGAAGAUCUUCCCCAGAUCAGCAAAUCUCACCAGACACCUGAGGACGCACACCGGGGAGCAGCCGUACAGGUGUAAGUACUGCGACCGCUCCUUCAGCAUCUCCUCCAACCUGCAGCGGCACGUCCGGAACAUCCACAACAAGGAGAAGCCGUUCAAGUGCCACCUGUGCAACCGGUGCUUCGGGCAGCAGACCAACCUGGACAGGCACCUCAAGAAGCACGAGCACGAGAGCGCGCCAGUGAGCCAGCAUUCCGGGGUCCUCACAAACCACCUGGGGACCAGCGCCUCCUCCCCCACUUCCGAGUCGGACAACCAUGCACUUUUAGAUGAGAAAGAAGACUCCUAUUUCUCUGAAAUCAGAAACUUCAUUGCCAAUAGUGAGAUGAACCAAACCUCAACGCGAGCAGAUAAACGCCCGGAGGUCCCAGACCUGGACGGCAGUCCCCAGUGUCCAGGCUUAGCCAGCGAUAAGCCGGAGGAUGCGGAGGCAGAAGAGGACGAGGAGCUGGAGGAGGAGGAUGAGGACAGCCUGGCCGGGAAGUCACAGGAAGACACCGUGUCCCCCACGCCCGAGCCCCAGGGUGUCUACGAGGACGAGGAGGACGAGGAGCCGCCCACCUCGCUGGCCAUGGGCUUCGACCGCACCCGCAGGUGUAUUGAGGAGCAAGAAGGCGGUCUGUUAGCUUUGGAGCCGAUGCCGACUUUUGGGAAGGGGCUGGAUCUCCGCAGAGCAGCUGAGGAAGCAUUUGAAGUUAAAGAUGUGCUUAAUUCCACCUUAGAUUCUGAGACUUUAAAACAGACACUGUACAGGCAGGCUAAGAACCAGGCGUAUGCAAUGAUGCUGUCGCUCUCCGAGGACACUCCUCUCCACACCCCCUCCCAGAGCUCUCUGGAUGCUUGGCUGAAUAUCGCAGGAGCCACGUCGGAGGCCGGAGCCUUUAACCCUAUCCACCACCUCUGA